AUGUUUGGGGUUGGGAAUGAAGGAAUGUCUACACUACCCGGAUUGAAUCAAAUACAAUUUGAAGGAUUUUGUAGAUUCAUUGAUCGGGGCUUAACAGCAGAACUUUUAAAGUUUCCAAAAAUUGAAGAUCCAGAUCAAGAAAUGGAAUUUCAGUUAUUUGCGGAAACAUAUCAAUUGGUCGAACCCUCAAUAAAAGAAAAAGAUGAUGUAUAUGAAUUACUUACAUAUUCCUCUAAAUUAUAUAUAUCCUCGGGAUUAAUUUGGAAAAACAGUCUGGAUAUCCAAGAACAAAUUAUUUUUAUUGGAAACAUUCCUCUAAUGAAUUCCCUGGGAACUUUUAUAGUAAAUGGAAUAUACAGAAUUGUAGUCAAUCAAAUAUUGCAAAGCCCUGGUAUCUAUUAUCGGUCAAAAUUGGACCAUAACGGAAUUUCAGUCUAUACUGCCACAAUAAUAUCAGAUUGGGGAGGAAGAUUAGAGUUAAAAAUGGAUAGAAAAGCAAGGAUAUGGGCUCGUGUAAGUAGGAAACAGAAAAUAUCUAUUCUAGUUCUAUCAUCAGCUAUGGGUUCGAAUUUAAGCGAAAUUCUUGCGAACGUUUGUUACCCCGAAAUUUUCUUGUCUUGCCUCACUGAAGAGGAGGAAGAAAACAUAGGGUCAAAAGAAAAUGCCAUUUUGGAGUUUUAUCGACAAUUUGUUUGUGUAGGCGGAGAUCCCAUAUUUUCUGAAUCUUUAUAUACGGAAUUACAAAAAAAAAAUUUAACAAAAAUGUGA